AUGUUAGACCUUUUGCGAGGAGCUCCGGACAUAGCAGGGCUGCAGCAAGCUUUGGAAGAACGUGACGCAGAGAUUGCGACGCUGCAAGACCGGCUUCAGGCUUACCAGGACGCUGACCAGCGAGACUUUUUGGCAGACAAUUCGGACCAGCUGGCAACCAUCAUCAGCACAAAGAAUCAGGUGAUCCAAGAGUUGCAGGCGCAACUUCAGGCCCUGGACAGCGGGGGCGGCGCGUUGGCUUCGGCCCUGGAGGCUGCGAGGACCUCCGCCGCUGAAGUGGAGCGCUUGCGGAAGCACGUGGAGGCUGCAGAGCUCGAGCUGCGAAGUUCUGACCGCCGACUGCGGGAGCACCAGCAUCAACUGCAGCUCUACCGCGAAGAGAACAAUCGUCAGGCUGGUGAGCUGGCAUCCAGCGCUGCAAAGAGUGCAGUGGACAUUGGCCGUCUACAGGCUGCGCUGAAGGUAGCCACUGAGAAGUCUGCCCGGCUGGAAAGCAAGGCAGCGCUACAACAGCUAGGUGCCACGCCUGCCACUGAGCCUUCGAAGGAGCACGAGCGGAUGAUGUUGCAGAAGGAAGAGGAGUUUGAGCUUUGCUGCGCAGAGCGUGUGAAAGCGCUUGAGGCGCGGGAAGCUGCAACGGUCGAGUCGCAGGCAGCGGUGAAGCAACAUGAUGCUCUUGAACAAGAGGUUCAAGAGCAGAUGCGUGUGCUAGAAGAGCGCAAACGGAUGAUGUUGCAGAAGGAAGACGAGUUUGAGCUUUGCUGCGCAGAGCGUGUGAAAGCGCUUGAGGCUCGGGAAGCUGCAAUGGUCGAGUCGCAGGCAGCGGUGAAGCAACAUGAUGCUCUUGAACAAGAGGUUCAAGAGCAUGCGUGUGUGGAAGAGCGCAAACGGAUGAUGUUGCAGAAGGAAGACGAGUUUGAGCUUUGCUGCGCAGAGCGUGUGAAAGCGCUUGAGGCGCGGGAAGCUGCAAUGGUCGAGUCGCAGGCAGCGGUGAAGCAACAUGAUGCUCUUGAACAAGAGGUUCAAGAGCAGAUGCGUGUGCUGGAAGGGCGCAAACGGAUGAUGUUCAGAAGGAAGAGGAGUUUGAGCUUUGCUGCGCAGAGCGUGUGA